AUGAUGGUCUUAGGGAAGGGGAAAAACAGCGCCAAAGAAAUUCGGAGUAUGUUGGAGUCGACCUGCAGGGCCUUCUUCGACCUACAAGGAGUCCAGCUCCGUCCCGCCCCGGAUGCAGUCAUGACGACCCACUGUGCUCGAGUGGUAGAGAGCGCACCCGCACAGAACAGAUCCGAAGCGGUAGAGGGACAGAUAGACGUACCUGCCGCAAACCGGGACGCAAAUCCAAGAGUUGGGUUUAUUUCAUAUUCCCGCCGACCUGCACCGAGGGAUGCAGUACUGAGUGGCCCGACAUCAAGGGCAGCCACUGCUGACGAGCGUGAUAGGUCUGGAGAUAGGCAGCACAGGUUUGCUGAUCGGGUUAGGAGGCCGCGGGAACGCGAAGCACGGACGGAGACCGACUUGGCAAGCGUAGCAGAUGAAGGCGAGGAGGGUGUAGAAGAUCCACAGCUGCCAAGUCAGGUCGAACAGGCAGAGGAGCACUGGAGGAAGGCGGCUGAUGAAAAGCGGAUGGUCGAAGCAGAAGCCAAGAGUAGACGGGCUGAAGAGAUGCAGCGGCGCAGUGAUGGCGGCACCGAUCCUACCGUCUCUUUCCCGGGAACUGGAGACAUACGUGAAGCAUGGGAGCGUGGGGCACGAGCCGCUGCAAGGGCACACGUGGGAGAGGCAGGAGAGGAGCUCGCCAGCAAUGUGCGGCAGCAUAUCGAGGAGGAUAGGGGAUACGUGAAAGUUCGCUUGCCCAGCCUAAAGCGGAAGGCGGCAGAAGAGGCCCGGAGAGGGGACGUCGACGUGCCAGAGAAUUCGGGAGAGGCGAAAAAGAAGGAGGAGAGCAACGCGGGUGCUAAGGCUCAUAAGAUGGUGGAGGUAGAGGCGCACCAGAAUGCAGAGGAUGCGGCCCAUCGGUUCGUCGAUGCAGAGGCGGUACUUACGGCAGAGGACGGGGCGCCAAAGGAAGCAGAGUCUGCGGCGCAGCAGAAGGUGGGUGCAGAGGCGGUCAAGGGUGCGGAGGCAGUCGCGCGUAAAGAAGCGGGUGCAGCAGCAGAGCUGACGUCGGAGGCAGUCGAGCUGAUGGUUGUGGAGGCAGUGGCGCAGAAGGAAUCAGAGGCAAUGGCGAGCCAGAAGGAUGAGGCAGCGGCGCAGCAGAAUGAUGAGGCAGACGCACAUAAGGAAUCAGCGGCAGCAGCGCAGCAGAAGGAUGAGGGUGCGGCGCCGAGGAUGGUUGAGGCAGAGGCGCAGAAGGAAUCAGAGGCAGCGGCGCAGCAGAAGGAGGAGGGUGCGGCGCCGAAGAUGGUUGAGGCAGAGGCGCAGAAGGCAUCAGAGGCAGCGGCGCUGCAGAAGGAGGAGGGUGCGGCGCCGAAGAUGGUUGAGGCAGAGGCGCAGAAGGCAUCAGAGGCAGCGGCGCUGCAGAAGGAGGAGGGUGCGGCGUCGAACAUGGUUGAGGCAGAGGCGCAGAAGGAAUCAGAGGCAGCGGCGAGGGAGAAGGAUAAGGCAGCGGCGCUGCAUAUGGAGGAGGCAGACGCACAUAAGGAAGGAGAGGCUCGGAAUAAGGCAGAAGCAGCGGCGCGGCAGAAGGCGGAGGCAGAGGAGCAGAAACAGGCUGCGGAAGAGGCACUACAACUGGCUCGGGCUGAAGCGCGGAAGAAGGCCGUUGUAGAGGCGAAGAAGAAGGCGGAGGGUGUUGUGCAGAAGAUGUCAGAGGCCGAGGAGCAGAAGCAGGCUGAGGCAGACGCACAAAGGAAGCCAGAUGGAGAGGACGGUUCAGAUGGGAAUAAAAUGGUACAGACAGAGGGACGGGAGACGGCGGGUGCUGAGGGGCACAUCAUCGCAGAGGAAGAGGGGCAGCAUAACGAGGAGGCAGCGUCGCAGGUAUUCGCAUACCGAGAGACGCAGAGCAUGGCAGAGACAGGGCGUCAAAAUACUAUGGAGGAGGUUCGUGUCGUCCCGGAGGCUGGAGUGGGGCACUACGAGGGAGAUGCGCUGGAAACAGAAGAGGAGCAGAAUGAGGAGGAUACGGUACAUCCGGCAGUCCGGAUAUUUUUGGGAGGAAGUCCGACGCGGGGACCAGGAACCGGGGUAGAGGGGCCAUGGAGGGUGGCAGACGAUGGGGCGCCUAGGGAUACAGUGGAUCUCAACAGGCAGAGGCGGCCCACCCUUCACCAGAGAGCAGUGGAGAGGAAUCUCGCAGGUGAGGGGAUGAUAAGUGAGGUGGAAAAGCAGCUGUCAAUGGUUCUGAGAUUGGACGCAGAGCGGCGGCAAAAGGAGGAGCAGGGUAGGAAGGCAACGGAGGGAGAUCGGCGACAGAAGGAGGAUGCGCAGAGGAAGGAGGCAGAGGAAGCAGAGCGGGUGGAGAGGGAGAAACAGCAAGAGAUGGCGCUCCUGCAGAAGGAGGAGGCGCAGCGGAAAUAUGCAGAGGAGGCCGAGAGGCACGAGAGGGAGAAACAGCAGGAGAUGGCGCGCCUGCAGGAGGAGGACAGGCCGAGGAAGGAGGCAGAGGAGGUAGAGCGGCGUCAAAGGGCGAAACAGCAGGAAUUGGACCGCCUGCAGAAGGAGGAGACGCAGAAGAAGGAGGCAGAGGAGGCCGAGCGGCAGCAGCGGGCAAAACAGCAGGAGAUGGAGCGCCUGCAGAAGGAGGAAGCGCAGAAGAAGGAGGUAGAGGAGGCCGAGCGGCAACAGAGGGCGAAACAGCAGGAGAUGGAGCGCUUGCAGAAGGAGGAAGCGCAGAAGAAGGAGGCAGAGGAGGCCGAGCGGCAGCAGAGAGCGAAACAGCAGGAGAUGGAGCGCCUGCAGAAGGAGGAAGCGCAGAAGAAGGAGGCAGAGGAGGCGGAGCGGCAGCAGAGGGCGAAACAGCAGGAGAUGGAGCGCCUGCAGAAGGAGGAAGCGCAGAAGAAGGAGGCAGAGGAGGCGGAGCGGCAGCAGAGGGCGAAACAGCAGGAGAUGGAGCGCCUGCAGAAGGCGGAGCAAUGCCGAGCAGAGAAGAGGGCCAGACUUGCAUCCUACGCGGAACAGCAGCGGCAACUGGAGGCAAAGGCAAAGGCGAUGGCUGAAGAGACGGAACGAUUGGCAAGGGAGAUGGAAGAGGAGGAUUUGACCAUGCAGGGGGAGGGGACCUGGACAGGAGUCGAGGAGGAUUUGACCAUGCAGGGGGAGGGGACCUGGACAGGAGUCGAGGAGGAAAUAGUUGAGGGGUUGGGGACUUUGCUGUUGAUUGAGAGCGGGGAGGCGAAUGUAGCAGAGGGCGUGCCUAGUGUUCCUGUACGGAAUGUAGAGGUGUCCAGGAGGCGGCCUAGACAAGAGGACAGGGAGCCGGAGGGUCAUGCGGCUAAGAGACGGCGUGCAGCUGGAAUACAGGAGUUGAUACCCAUAAUCCAAGGGGAAAAGAAAGGGAUGAAGAUCGACAAGUGUGACAACAGGAAAAACGCCGUAGUGGACGACAAGGGUAAGACUUUGGGUGUCUGCCUGCCGUUCAGGGGAAGCGGGUUCUCUCAACGGGGCGAGGGAGCUUUGCAGAAGUGGACGUCUGAGCAGACCGUCGGCGGCCGGAAGCGGAACCUCGGCUCUCACAAAACGGUGUGGGAGAGGGCAUACACGGUCGCAGUCUGCUGGAAGUUCUACUUCCCGGAUAUUGACAUGCAGGCAUACGGCAUGAAUCCAAACCGUAUUAACAAGUGGCGGGAAGACCUCGACUUCACAACGUGGCUUCCAACAGGGGUGUGGAGCGUCAUCAACGAACUCCAUCUGGACAAACCGGACGGAUUCUCACUCGUUCAAACCAACAUGGCUCUUCGGCAGCAGCAGGGGGAUGGCUUUCAGGUAGCUGCCUGCGCUGGUGUCGGAAUAACUGCGUGGCAGAAGAUGGUGGGAGGCGUGGAGGGUGAAAACGGCUAUUCGACGGAAGAACAUGCAAUCGGACUUGCCGCCACGUUGUCUGUAAUGUGGGCCGCAUCCACGAAUGUGGACCAGACCCAGUGGGAGACGGGCGCAACAACAGCUGCACGUGGAACUUCUACGGCCAUAGCAUCUUCUGCUGCCAGAUCGUCCACUGCUGCCACCGCCUCGUCGGAUGCCUCGUCAUCUUCUGCGGCCGAUGUGCCCUCUGCCGUCCACAAUGCCCUUGCGACGCUUGCAGCCUCGGUUGCUUGCGUUGCGGUUGAGGCGAUGAGGUCGGUAAAGGAUCAGGAGCAUGACAAGGAAGCGUGGAUUCUGCCCCUGUCGGAUGCGCUGCUGAAAGCGCUUCCGGCAGAGUCGCGAGCGGCCGAGGAUGCGAAGCGGAUGACGAGGGUGGUGGCAAAGGUGGUGACCUCUUGGUGCCUAUGCAGCAUGGCAUCAAGAGGCCUUCGCCAGCACCAGGGCGUCUGGCUCGGAGUCCUGCAGAAGAAGUUGGGCGGCCGGGAUACCACAACAGGGGCGGAUAAGGAGAAGAAAACCAAGAAAUCGUCCGCGAAGGGGAACGCGACGAAGGAUGCGUCGACGGAGGAGAACACCGGCACUGGCGGCCAGGAUUGA